AGGACAGCAAUUUGUGUAAACUUAAUCACCUGGAGUUGGGAGGCAAGGGAAUGAACUACGAGCGAAAAAACAGUGAAAUCGGGAAGUUAAAAUGCAGUAAAGAGCAGAGAAUAUUCAUUUCAAUCGCAGUAAUGACAGAAAGCAAUUCAUACACAAAUACAAAAAGUAUGAUGAUCUGUGCCCGAGUGAUUAAACGGGUUGUUCAUCUGGGUUGAAACAAACGUGGGUUUGUUUUUCUAUUUAUUUAUCUUGUACACAGUUUUCAGAGGGUGGACCCAUUUUUGACAGUUUCUUUUUUUUUGUAUCUAUUUAUUUUAAGGUCGGGUAAACAUCUAGCAAAAAUUAGAGCUGCGAGUGAGUCUAGGAAAGAAGAUCGAAACAUGAGCACUUCUUUUUCACAGAGUGUGCCAAGAAUUUCUGAAACGCCUGCGAAUACUGAGGAUUCCGGCAAUGGAUCGAGUGCGGUUAACCAGGCUGUAGUGGAAAUGCUCAUAUAUUUCGGGAAGGUGUUCCUCUACCUGUUCCCCGUGUACCUGGUAGGGUACCUGGGCUUGAGCAUCAGCUGGGUCCUGUUUGCCUUGAUGCUGUGGAUGUGGUGGAAAAGAAACAGAGCAAGCAAAUUGGCCCGUUUUGCUGCAGCUAUGGGUUUUUUGGACAACGAACGACAUGUCAUUACAGAAGGACUAAAGGCGCUCAACAUGCCUGCAUGGGUUAAUUUCCCAGAUGUAGAGAAGGCAGACUGGUUGAACCAGAUACUGGAUCAAGCCUGGCCUUACUUUGGGAUCUUUAUGGAGAAGGUAUUCCGUAACAGCAUUGAACCGGCAGUCCGAGCAUCAAACAUUCACCUCAAGACCUUCACCUUUACCAAGAUCCACUUUGGAGAAAAGCCCCUCAAGAUCAAUGGAGUGAAGGCAUGCUCCAAAGGAGUUGAUAAGAGACAAGUUAUCCUGGACCUGCAAAUCAGUUAUACUGCAAACUGUGAAAUCAAUGUGGAGAUUAAAAAGAUAUGCAAAGCUGGUGUGAAAGGAAUGCAGCUUCACGGCACAUUGCGAGUCAUUCUGGAACCGCUUAUUGGCCAGUCCCCCUUGGUGGGAGGAGUGACGUUUUUCUUCAUUAGACGACCACUUUUGGAAAUCGACUGGACUGGACUAACAAACUUGCUGGAUGUGCCAGGAUUAAAUGACAUGUCGGACGGUGCAAUUCUGGAUAUCAUCUCCUCCUACAUGGUUUUACCCAACCGCUACUGCAUCCCACUCAUUGACCAGGUGCAGCUGGCCCAGAUGAGGUUCCCUCUUCCAAGUGGUGUGGUAAGAGUUCAUCUGAUCGAGGCCGAAGACCUGGUACCAAAAGAUACCUACAUGAUGGGAAUGGUAAAAGGCAAGUCUGAUCCAUAUGCAAAUCUUAGGGUCGGCACACAGAGCAAUCGGAGCAAAACCAUCAAGGAAAACCUGAACCCCAAAUGGCAUGAAGUUUAUGAGUUUGUGGUGCAUGAGGCUCCGGGGCAAGAUCUAGAACUGGAGAUGUUUGAUGAAGACCCCGAUAAAGAUGAUUUUCUUGGCAGUCUUGUCAUAGAACUUGGUGAGGUGAUGAAAGACAGAGUCAUGGAUGAGUGGUUCCCACUGAGUGACAUAGAGAGAGGGAAGGUGCACUUGAAGCUGGAGUGGCUUUCUUUACUGGUGGACCCGGAGAGAUUGGUGGAGAAUAACCAAGGUCUUUCAUGUGCGAUACUGGUUGUGUAUUUGGACAGCGCCUACAACCUACCUAGAAAUCACUUUGAAUACAGCAACAAUGAACAUGGAAUGAAGAAAAAUAAAAAUCCCAAGUACCUUAAGUCAAAGAAGACCAACGGAGAGCCAUCAUCACAUGUGGAGUUUUCCAUAGACAAAGAAUUGCAGAAAAGCAAGGUCUCCCGUUCAACCAAAGAUCCAGUGUGGGAGGAGUCCUUUACUUUCUUCAUCAAAAAUGUUCACUCUCAGUGUCUUGCAGUCAAGAUUAAAGACGAUGACAAGAAAUGUGCCCUGGGUGUUUUGUCACUCCCCCUCAAGCGCUUGCUGACUGCUACAGAAAUGACCAUGGACCAGCGCUUCCAGCUGGAGCAAGCUGGACCCAGCAGCAUGAUCAAGAUGAAAGCCAUGCUGAGGGUCCUCGCUGUGAAGGAGCCAGACCCUGACACUGUCUACACUGGCCUUAACGCCUUAAAGAAAGGCCCAUUGUCAAUCAAAAAGAAGAAAAGCGGUAGAAAUGAGUCUCCUUCACCAACUGCACACCCAGCUUACCCAGUAUUCCCUACUCCCCCAGCACACCAAACACAGCAAAUACAGCAAACCCACCCAGCUAACAGACCAAACAGUGCCCUUUCUGGGGAUAACCUGGCUGAGAGCAGCAGCCACUACAAUCGCAGACCCUCUUCCAAUGGGGAAUCGAAGCCUAUAACAAUGGCAAUCAUGAGGACGCCCUCUGUGUCACGGCCACGCACAAGAUUCGAUACCCAGAGUAUUGACAUGUCCAUUUGCUCUUCCCGUUUUGACCUCACAGAAGACCAGAUUCCGUUUCCAAAUGGAACAAACUACCAGGCUGGUGGUCUGGGGGAGAUACAGAUGACUGUGCGUUACAUACCCCAAAGGAAGAGUCUGACUGUGCUUGUUAAUUCUUGCAGGAAUUUAAUAGCCGCCUCCCCGGGUGGAUCUGAUCCAUAUGUCCGGAUCUAUUUGUUUCCAGAAAGGAGUUGGUCCUCAAGGAAAAAAACAACUGUGAAAAAGAAAAGUGUCAACCCUCUGUUUGAUGAGAAGUUUGAAUACUCUGUACCUCUUGAAGAAGCCCAAAGGAGAAAGCUAGAUAUUGCAGUAAAGCACAACAAGUCAUUCACAUCACAUGAAAGAAAAGAACUUGGGAAGGUCUUGCUUGACCUUUCCCAACAGGAUUUGAUCCAGGGAUUUACACAGUGGUAUGAACUGUCUUUGGAUGGACUGCAAAAAAGCUGAGAAGAACUCCUUGUGCCCAAGUAUCUCUGCAAGGCCUUCAUUGAUUUGGACAGCUUUAAUUUUCUUAUAUUUUUUUUUUCUUUUUUUACUUGGCUAAAUUUUUGAUAUUUGUACCACUUUGCAAAUCCAUACAGUUGCCAUUUUGACUACAGUACAUCCUCACAAAAAAUCAAAUCGGGAUAAGUUUUCAGAAAAGACAUAUUAAAAUGCUUACAUGGAUCAUUGGAGCUAAUGGUUAUCACUGUUGGUGUCUAUUUUUGCAUUUCAUCAAAUGUACUGUGUGAAUCUAAAUCAUUUAAUUAAGGAUUGAUAAAAUACCCUCAAGCCCUAAUUUGGUACAUUUUAAUUUCCCACCUCCAUUAAAAAUAAAACAAUCCAACAAAUGUAAUGAAUAGUACAGCCCAUGCUAAAAUUUAAUUGCUAGUCAAGAUUACCAUAAAACAUUAUUGUAAAAACAGUUGUUUUGAAGCCCCAAUAUUAACACAUCUAACAUGGAUUUACCAGAUACUUGCAAUGUCUCAGCAUUUAUAUAAAACGUUUGUAUUAUUUUUUUUUUAUUCAUGUCAGAGAAGAAUAGAUGUCAGCACAGCCUGCUUGUGUCAAAUGUACUUAUACAGACCGUUUUACCUUAAAACAAUUGCAA